AUGAGUCUGGAUAAAGCCGAGCUGUGUGACUCCCUGCUAACCUGGUUGCAGACAUUUCAGGUCCCAUCAUGCAGCAGCAAGCAGGACCUGAUGAGUGGAGUGGCCGUUGCCAACGUGCUGCACCAGAUAGACCCCUCCUGGUUCAAUGAGACGUGGCUCGGCAGGAUCAAGGAGGAGAGCGGGGCCAACUGGCGCCUGAAGGUCAGCAACUUGAAGAAGAUUCUCAAGAGCAUGAUGGAGUAUUAUCACGAUGUGCUCGGUCACCAGGUGUCUGAGGUGCACAUGCCGGACGUGACCCUGAUCGGGGAGUUGGGCGACGUCACGGAGCUGGGGAAGCUGGUGCAGCUCGUGCUGGGCUGCGCUGUGAGCUGCGAGAAGAAAGAAGAACAAAUCCAGCAGAUCAUGCGUCUGGAGGAAUCCGUCCAACACGUCGUGAUGACGGCCAUUCAGGAGCUUUUAGCAAAGGACCCUUCAGCAGAACCAGGAAGUCCAGAGACCUAUGGGGACUUUGACUACCAGUCCAGGAAGUAUUAUUUUCUCAGUGAGGAGGCAGACGAGAAGCAGGACAUGAGCCAGCGCUGUCGAGACCUGCAACAUCAGUUGUCGGUGGCUCUGGAGGAGAAGUCGUCCCUGCAGGCGGAGUCUCGCUCCCUGAAGGAGAAGCUGCUUCUCUGCGACUCUGUGGACGUAUCGACCACCGCCAUCACCGGAAAGAAGCUUCUGCUGCUUCAGAGUCAGAUGGAGCAGCUGCAGGAGGAAAACUACAGACUGGAGAACAGCAGAGAUGAUGUUCGGGUGCGAUCAGAGAUCCUGGAGCGAGAGGUGGUCGAUCUGCAGCAGAGAAACGAGGAUCUGACCAGCCUGGCUCAGGAAGCCCAGUCGCUCAAAGACGAGAUGGACAUCCUCAGGCACUCGUCGGACCGGGUGAACCAGCUGGAGUCUCUGGUGGAAACGUACAAGAGGAAGCUGGAGGACCUGGGCGAUCUGCGCAGACAGGUGCGCCUCCUGGAGGAGAGGAACACCGUCUACAUGCAGCGCACCUGUGAGCUGGAGGAGGAGCUGAGGAGAGCCAACGCUGUCCGAAACCAGCUGGACACCUACAAGAGACAGGCCCAAGAGCUUCACACCAAGCACUCUGCAGAGGCCAUGAAAGCUGAGAAGUGGCAGUUUGAGUACAAGAACCUCCACGACAAGUAUGACGCACUGCUGAAGGAGAAGGAACGUCUGAUCUCGGAGAGAGACACACUGCGGGAGACAAACGAUGAGCUGAGGUGUGCUCAGGUCCAGCAGAGAGGUCUCAGUGGAUCAGGAGGACUGCGUGACAACGACGUCACCGUGGGAAACCUCGCAGCUGAGAUCAUGCCCACUGAGCUCAAGGAGACGGUGGUGCGUCUGCAGAGCGAGAACAAGAUGCUGUGUGUUCAGGAGGAGACGUACCGGCAGAGAGUGGUGGAGGUUCAGGCCGAGCUGGAGGAGGCUCAGCGCAGCAAGAACGCCCUGGAGACUCAGAACAGGUUGGACCAGCAGCAGAUCUCAGAGCUGCGUUCUCAGAUCGAGGAGCUUCAGAAAGCUCUGCACGAUCAGGACGGCAAAACUGAGGACGCCAUCUCGUCCUUACUGAAGAAAAAGCUGGAGGAGCAUCUAGAGAAGCUCCAUGAAGCUCACUCUGAUCUGCAAAAGAAGAGAGAGGUCAUCGAUGAUCUGGAGCCCAAAGUGGACGGCAAGAUGUUGAAAAAGAUCAAUGAGCUCCAGGAGAGUCUGAAGAAGAAAGACGCGGACAUGAAGCAGAUGGAGGAGCGGUACAAACGAUAUGUGGAGAAGGCGAGGACGGUGAUCAAAACCCUGGACCCGAAGCAGCAGCCGGGCCCCGAGGCUCCGGAGAUUCAGGCUCUGAAGAACCAGCUGACGGAGAAAGAGAAGAAGCUCCAACACCUCGAGCACGACUACGAGAAGAGCCGAGUCCGACACGACCAGGAAGAGAAACUCAUCAUCACCGCCUGGUACAACAUGGGCAUGGCGUUGCAUCAGAAAGUCUCCGGGGAGUGUCUCGGUCCGUCUAAGCAGGCGAUGUCUUUCCUCGCUCAGCAGAGACAGUCCACCAACGCCAAGAGAGGCCUCAUCCGACACCACCCCAGAUAAAACGGACACUGAGAGGAACCAGGAGAAGCACCUGAACUCCCCGUAACUUUGCCUUAAUUUCCUCUGGAUCUCUGCCCCUCAGAGGAUUUCAACGCUGCUGCUGCCCCCUGCUGGCUGUCAAUGGUACGACGAUGAUUCAUUUCUCUGUGGAGCCCUGGAGGACACAGAAUAAACUCCUAGAAGCAGAUUAAAAUGGAGUUUUAAAGUCCUGAAAAGAGGCUGAAUCACCUUCUAAGGUGACUUUUAUUUCCUCUGUAGCCUCGUGGACACUAUCCUGUUUCUUUAUGGUUUGUUUUUAGUCUUUUAUGCUUUAGAACAGGAUGAAAUGUGAACUAGUUGUUAAGGUUACAGUUGAAGAAUGUUUGACUAGAGAGGAGUUAUUAGGGGCUUUUACAUUUACCAUAAUGAGGGCUUGAAAAUACUUAAAGCCACACAGACUGGUACAUCUUUUAUUUUGUCGUCUUGAUCAUGUGUUUGGAUUUUUUCAUUUGAAGAUGCUCGAAAAAGUUGCGUUGAUGGCUUUAGUCUUUUUUAACCCCUUUUUUGGAUCUAUUUUCUCUCUAAAAUUCAUUAUAAGAAUUGGUUAAAAUGUGCGUACAGAUACAUCGAAGCACUUUCAUAUAGAGUGACGUUGUUUAGUGCCUCAAAGAAAACAAACCUCCCUCUAUGGUGGAGAAUGAACAUUUUAAAGUAUCAUAUAUUUUACAUACUAAUGUUCUCGACAUUUUUUUUUUUUUUUUUUGAUUCGCUUCCCCUCUCCCCAAAGAUUGAAGCAGGGUUUUGAGGGUUUGGACCUUUUAAUGCACUUUAGACUUGAUUGGCAUUGGAAUACACUGGAGUCCAUUAUGAUAAAAACACUAAUAAUAAUGACUCAGCUAAUGGCUGUUUACCGCUGCUAGACCUCAUUGACACUAUCAACUGGAAGGAAAUGUCUCUCUACGCUGGAAAUAUUUUAAAUGUGUGUUGACAGGAAGUCUGAUACGGUUUUAAUACCAACACUUUAUUUACUACCGUUGAAUUUUCCCGUUUUCACCUCAUGUAGUCAUUUUAGUCCCAGAUCAGAGCUACUGUUGGACUUGAUCUACAUCCCUGUGAGUGUGUGUGCGAUGGACUACGUAGACCCAUAGAUCCUGCUGUGUUUUGACGUUUUUCUACUGCUGUUUGAGUUCAUAUUUCUAGUGUUACGUCACUAUCUUUUGCUGCACAUUUGAAGGGUUUUAGGUUGUGUGUUUUGUUUGAAUCCUAUAAAGGUCUCGUAGAUUAAAGCAUACUUCACACAGGGGUCUGAGAAGAAGAUCUGUAGUCCUGUCUGUUCUACUUUUGCACUACAAAUAAAUGGGAUCGUACGAUAAGAAA